AUGGCAGACAGUGAGACCGUGUGGCUUCGUAGGAGGCAUUUCUUCGAGGUCAACGACCAGCCAUGGUUCCCACAGACGCUUAGAGAAAAGGUGCAAGACUACCUGACUCUGGGCUGGAUCAACAAGUUCCCGUUCAUUCAGCCUGUGUCACCAGCAGCCCUUGUCUCUCGUAUCCUGUCCACCGUUCUCGGACCUCGCACCACCAAAUACGUCUACGUGGACUUCGCGUCCGGAGCAGGUGGCCCGACACCACACAUCGAGAACCAUCUCAACGGCGAGCUGCGAGCUUCAGGCAAGGAGGAAGUCAAGUUUGUUUUGACGGACAUCAGUCCUCACGUCGGUGCGUGGGAAACGGCGAGGAAGCACAGCAAGAACAUCAGCUAUAUCCCUCAGAGCGUGGAUGCCACAAAUGCACCUGCUGCAGAGACACUCCUCAAGGACCUGCCCGAAGUCAAGGGCAAGAAAGUCAUGCGACUCUUUAGCCUGGCUUUCCAUCACUUCGACGACGACCUUGCAGCAAAGGUUUUGGAGAACACGAUCGAGACUUCUGAUGGGUUCUGCAUCUUCGAACUCCAAUCGCGUCACUUCAGCUCCUUCAUCCUCGUCAGUCUUCUCUGGCCGCUCGCCAUGCUCAUAACGCCGUACUAUUUCUGGCACUCACCGGGGCACUUGUUCUUCACUUACUUGGUGCCCAUCGUCCCAUUUAUCUGGGUGUACGACGGCUACAUCUCCUGCCUGAGGACGAGGACACCGAAUGAGGUCGAGGCACUACUUCACCGACAUGUAUCUAGCGAGAAGCUUGCGAAGUGGAAGUUCCAGAGCGGUAGGGAAUGUUUUAUUUGGCCCAUAGGCUACCUCAACUGGAUCAUAUGUCAGAAGGAGGAUUGA